AUGCAGACGUCGUCGAAGACCAUCUCUGCGGCUCUGAAUCUCGUCGACGCCAAGAAAGAGAUUUUGAAGAAAGCCUACGACGAUCUCCAAACUCAUUCUUCUCUCCUCUCUUCCUCCUUCUUCCCUCCCUCAUGGUCCCACAUCGACGCUCACUUCACCUCCCUCCACAACUCCCUCUCGCAACGCUUUCAGCUUCUUCACUCUCUCGAAUCCCAACAACAACACACUCACCCACCUCCCUCUCCCUCCAAAGAUCUCACCUUUCCACCCUCCCACUCCGGUCCAUCAGCGCUAAACGACGCCGCAUUGCCCAAAACCCAGGCCGAACGCAUGAUUGCGCUCUGCAACUGCAUGGACGGAAAAGGGUUGCGGGACUACGUCGGGGAGCAUUUCAAAGACAAGGUCACGCUCGAGGUUGGCCUUCAGAGUGCCCUCAAGCGUGCGUCUGAUCCCGCGUCGAUGGUUCUCGAUGCAUUGGACGGUGUCGUCGGUGCGGAUAUGGUGAAUGAUGAUAAGGAAGCGCGAAAGAGGAAGAGGAGUUGCGGGUUGUUGUUUCAGCAGUUGAGGGCUGCGUCUGUGUCUGUGAGUUUUAAGGUGAGUAAAAGAGCGAAGAGGUUGUGUGCGGAGUGGAAGGGGAGCUUGGUGAGUGAAGGUGCUGAUGGUGUUGGGGCCAUGACUUUCUUGCAGUUUAUGGCGGCUUAUGGAUUGCUUUCUGAAUUGACAAAGAAUGAGAUUGUCACCUUCUCUGCCAUGGCUGCUGCCAAUGAUGACCUUCCUGAAUUCUACCGGAGUGUUGGUUUGACAGACAGGGUUCCAGGUCUUGUUCAGAAACUUGUUGACAGGUGCAAACAUAUUCUGGCUGUCAAGUAUGUUUUUGAGUUCAAUCUUGCGGAUAAGAUUCCACCAGUUCCCAUCUUGAAAGCUCACGUGAAUGAAUCUCAGAAACUUGCUAAAAGACUUUCUGAGGAAGGGAAGUCACUUAAUGAAAUCACAGCAAGAGAAGUCCAUGCACUGAGAUCGGUGGUUAAGGUUAUUGAAAGUCAUAAUCUUCAAUCUGAAUAUCCACCUGAAAGCCUUCAACAGCGUAUAGAGCAAUUGUCGAAGCAUAAAGCAAACGUAAAAUACACUGCAUUACCUUUUUCUGCAAAGCCUCCCUCCCAUCAGCAGCAACAAAGUGGGAUUAAGCGUCCUCGAUUGCCUGCCCCAGUUGGUUCUGCAGCUGUGCUGAAUGGUAUUGGUGGUGCCAGUUCAACAGUUUACCACUUCAAACAACCUCAUUUUGAGUCAUCAGGUUUGUUGCCAGAGCAACAACCUUAUUUCCAUUCACCAGGUUUGUUGUUGGAACAACAACCUCAUUUCCAGUCAUCAGGUUUGUUGCCUGAACAACAACCACAUUUCCAGUCAUCAGGUUUGUUACCAAAAGAUCGAAAUCCGUACAUGAACUUGCCAACCAUGCCAUAUGGUAUGAAGGCUCCAACCCCAACCAUCUUGCCUUAUACAGGCACUUCAACUGGGCAUUAUGGUCUUGAUGGUGUCCCAAUGGGUCCCAGUGGCAACCUUGGUCAAGGUGUGUCUCUUCCAAAUUCAUCAGAGCCACUUAAGCCGUCUGGUUAUUAUGAAAGUGUCUCUGCUUAUGGUGGUUAUGGUCUGCAAACUUUUUACCAAACAUCUUAUCCUCAGUAG